CGCGCGAAUAAAUUCAUUGUCCAUAUUGAUCGCAGGCCACCCUGGUGCUCCUCUGGCUCGGUACCCGGUUGCGCAACACUAUUUCCUUUUACAGACGCCAGGUUCUUACUUUGGAUUAUUAUUAUUAUUAUUAUUCCCCUACUUUUUCUUGACGUGUCGCCCGUCCCAUCCUACUACCUGCUGGAUGCAAUGGUGGUUAUUUGAACGAGGUCGAUGUAUGAUUUAUACCAUGAAUGACCUGUGGGAGGCGAUCUAUCAUUUUCCAUUCCCCUUUUUUUAUUUUCAAGUCUAUUGGGUGUUAUAUUCCUUUUUUUAUAGUCUUGUUUUAUUCUUUUUCUUAUCUUUUUAUUUUUUUCUCUUUUUGUCUUGGGCUCUUCUUGUUUCGAGGGCUGGAGACCCUAGAGCUAUUGGAGGCUAUAGAACGUCUCGCGGGGAUUGCAAUCGUGUUGGCUCCUCUGAUUCUUUUUUUGCCUUGUUUGGUUGCUUUUUGCCUGACUCCCUGGUUCAACCCAUUUUCCACACCCGUCACGACUCUAUCAGAGAAACUCUCGAUGACCACCAUGCUCGAUGGUGGUCACACGAACAUUUGGACGGGAUCACUGAAGAAGAGAGAAGGGAAAUGAGAUGGCAGAAAAGAACAGCCAACGGACAGAACGAGGUACCAGAAAAGCCGAACAAAAAAAAAAAAAAAAGUGAGUUGAUGGAACGACGGUCUGGCUUUCGGCCUCGGGGACCAGCGAACGACAGUCGACAGUUUAGCAGGCAUUGCGAUAUGAUACCCUACGGCUGAGCUUUGAGUUGUUGAUUUUCGGAUGCAUUUGCAAGUAAACCAAAAGAACAAUAAAAGAGGUCGGCUGUUCAGUUAGG